AUGUCAAACCGCCCGAACGGUAGCCCAGCUCCAAUCACUAAUGGCAGUGCCGAAAACUCUGAAAAGGGAGGACUUCCCCCAAAGAUUCGACUCGACGUCCCCAAGUUGCACUCCCUGCCCUCAGAACAGCAGGACCUCUACCUCUUCACCUUUACCGUCGAGCUCGAGAAAUAUGCGAGUUCGCUGGAGUACGAGGCACUAUGUGCCCAGCAAACGGAUUUGACCAAGGAAACGCUCCAGAUUAUUAACCUAUCCUCCCCAAUACCCUCCAAGGCUGUUAGGAAUAAUCUGGGACGAUGUUACGCCAUCAUAUUGGGCAAAGGCAACAGGAAGACGCUAUUCGAGUCGGUUGAUCAGCUAAUCGCUGUGGCCAACGCAGGCAAGGGCGAGAGAGAACUCCACAAUAAGCAUGCCGCCGUUCAUUGCCUCGGAGAAAUCUACAACGCCGCUGGGGACAGUGCGAUCAAUCUCUCGAGUCUAGUGUGCUCGAGUCUACUUCGCCUUUUGAAAGCUGCACAAAGUCAUGCAGGGUUACGGGCAGCUAUAUUUCAGGCUCUUGGAAAAGUGGUUGGAAUGAUUCAGGGUUCGAUUGAAGACUCAAUUGCGAGGGACAUUUGGAAAGCUGGAAGAACAGCAGCUUCGGGAGAUAAGGCAGCUUUGGUACAAGCGAGAGCAUGCCAUUGCCUGCAAAAGCUGAUAUCCUACACAAACUGUUUCGAGACAACUGGUGACUUUGAAAACUUGAAGGCUGCGAUCUGGAAAGCAUUUGAAACGUCCGCUCCUGCUGCUCGACAUGCUGCCGCUUCCUGUCUUGCUUCGGCGCUUGUCAAAUCCUAUUCGGAGGACGCUCUCUCGAAAUCGUCUACGAAAGCCCGGAAACCGAAGAAAGUCAAUAGGAACCAGGCUGUAUUGGAAGAGGCAGAGGAAGAGAUCACAAGGCCAGGGUCCCCUUCAGGGAAGAAGACCGCCAUGAAGCUAGAACUCUCUCUUUCAGACAUUUUCAGACAACUCUCGUCACAGUAUCACCGCUCGACUACCAGCAAUAGGCUCAGAGCAGGUAUUGCGCACUGCUACAUAAAAGUCCUCAGCGGCUUGAACGCCUCAACCGUCGAGACAAACUAUGGUCAGAUUAUGAAUCACCUUAUAGCCGAGCUUUUGAGCAAUGCAUCAGUUACCCACGAUCGUUACCGGCUAUUACUGACGCGAAGAUAUGUGCAAAAGAUCUUGGCCGACUGUAUUGGUUCCAGAAUCCUUGGUGAGACCGGGCGGCUCAACGCAGCAAGGACUUUAAUCAACGAUGUGCUCAAGAACUACCCUCAAGUCCUGAAAGAAGUACCGGAGCCAUCAAAACAUACUCUCGUUGGCGUUCUGGAUGCUCUGGCUUCACUUAUCAAGUCAUUGGGAGCGGCUUUCACUUCCCUCGGCGACAGCUGUCGGGAGGCUCUUGUCCAGGUCUUGCAGCACCCAAGUUACACAGUGCAGAUCCAUGCUUCUCAUUGUCUGCGUGCUUUUGUGAUGGCAUGCCCACAACAGCUGCUAUCCUGUGCUUCCAUUUGCAUGAACAGUGUCAACAGAGAACUCAAUUUAUUGACUACUGUUCGCCAAUCCCCUCGUCGCUGCGUCGGAUAUGCUAAUGGGCUUGCGGCGGUCCUGAGCAUAUCGCCCUCGCAGCCACUUUACAGUUCACUCGAGAUUAGCUCGCGCGUUUUGUCCACCGCUAUCGAUCUACUCAAAUCAAGCAGUAAAGCCGAGCUACGUGUGGCCGGUACUCAAGUUCAAGUCUCUUGGAUCCUGAUAGGCGGUCUCAUGGCGCUAGGGCCAAAUUUUGUCAAGAUCCACUUGUCGCAGUUCCUAUUGCUUUGGCGAAACGCGCUGCCGAAGCCGCUGACAAGAGAGAACACUGCGCAGCGGCAGUCUUCAGAGAUUACGUAUCUAACCCACGUUCGGGAAUGUACUUUAGGAUCUAUACUUUCAUUCCUUGAGUUUAAUGGCAGACUGAUAACAACUGAUGUCGCCAAACGAAUUGCGACCAUGCUGCAAAAUACUGUCGAAUAUUUGGAAAAUUUACCACGCAAGAAGCUCAUCGAGGACGCGUCCCAAAGGCUGUUCUUUUCACUGCAACUACAAGACCUGGUUCUGAUGGUCCGUCGGAGGGUCCUCCAGUGUUAUUCAAGAUUGAUCAGCUUCAGUCCCCAAGCUAGCGGCGAGAUUCUCACACAAUCGAACCUUUUGACACUCGCCGUGACGCUGUUAGCAGAUCCAGAAAGCUAUGCACCGGGGACCCUUGGCUCGUCCAUUGCAAAUGCUGCAGGCACAUUUGAGAGUAUUUGGGAGGUCGCAGACAAUUCUGGCUUUGGUGUCACAGGUCUAGUCCGCGGGCAACUCAUCAAGGCACUACCAGGAGAGCACAGCACCACGCAACACGUUCGUUGGCGACAUCAUGGCGAUGACUUUUCGGAUAUUGACGAGACGCUCAUGGGUCCAAUUUGCGGUGCACAAGAACAUGACUCGGUAUGCCUCUAUACCAGUUCCGAGGACCAGGCCGAAAGUCUGCCAGAUCCACCGGCGACUGAGGUGGUUAAUUCUGCUAUCGUUCUCUUCGCCACAGCGUUUCCGCUCCACAGCUCAAGAGUUCAAGAAGGGGUACUAGAGCAGUUGGCUACUUUCUUGACGUCUACGAGCCUUCAACGAGAUCCUGGGAGAAAAGCAGCUGUUGCUGUCAAUACUGCUAUGGCCUUGUUGAGCGCGCUCAAGGUCGCCGUUGGUGAGACUAUGGCUGAACAUGGGGAUCUCAAGCAUCCCACAGUCGAAAAAAGCAUAGAGGAAAUACUAAGAGGCUUGGUGAUUGACCAGGAUCGUUCCAUCCGGUUCGUUGCUUAUGAGGCCAUAGGGAGACUCUGCAACAGUUCUGGAAAUACUUUUACCGCGAACGAGGUCAAUACGUUGAUCGAUAUUAUUGUUACCAACAGAGAUCCCAAUGCUCGUGCCGGAUGUGCAAUGGCUCUAGGGUCCAUACAUGCUCAAGUCGGAGGAAUGGCAGCAGGCUUCCAUCUGAAGAAGAUUCAUGGAGUGUUGAUGUCACUGUGCAGCGACCCGAACCCAACCGUGCAUUUCUGCGCAAUCGAAGCUCUAUCUCAGGUUGCUGACUCCGCCGGCCUGACAUUUUCAGGAUACGUCGCUAGCACACUGGGCCUACUGGCUCAGAUAUGGACAUGUGACAGCCACAACGAAGAGUCGGCUCUGACAGCAUCUUCCAAUCUCGAAAUCGCCUGGCCUAGCGCUACAGUAGUUGCACACAGCAUCGAUUCUCUUGUCAACGUCCUUGGUCCUGAUCUUCAAGACAUGAACAAAGCAAGGGAACUCAUGCUCAUUCUCAUGAAACAAUUUGCGGAAGACGAUCUGGCCGUUGUCCAAGCAGAGUGCUUACGCGCUUGGGAGCACAUGUACCUCUAUGAUUCCGGGCAUGUCGAUUUGACAGCUUAUGUGCGUCGUUUGCAAGGUAAACUUGAGUCAACCAACAGCAUCGUUCGGAAGGUGUCUGUGGAUGGGCUCUACAAUCUCAUGCGAAGGGAUGCCGAAUAUACCCUCGCGGUUGCCAAUGAAGGCUUAGAAGAUCAGCUGUGGCUCGCAUUGAACGAUAAGCCCGGAGAGGAAGGUAUCCGCAAUCUCGUUCAGUCUUGGCUUGGUCAGUCAGGCCUGACUGAAGCCGAGAAGUGGGUCUCGCGUUGCCAGCAUGUCCUUACUAAGGCGGCGAAAUCUCAACCUGAACCCGCUUCAGCCACAGAACCCAAGUCUGCAGCGCCAGAUUUGCAAGAUGAGGAAGUAGCUGGAUUUGCCUCAGGGGAUGGGAAAGACCAGAACGGCGCUCCGGUGCCUUCAGCAACUCAGGAGCUGCUGAGAUGGCAAACACGAGCUUUUGCAUUGCAAUGUUUGAGUGAUUUGGCGGCCAUGAUCGGUAAAGAAAUGGAAUCAGACCCGGACUCAGCAGCUGGUCAUGCCUUACAGGAUAAGAUCGCAGAGGUGAUCCGUUUGGCGUUUCUAGCAUCGACAGCCUCGGUCGUUGAAUUGCAGGUUGGAGGCCUGCAACUGAUUGAUCAAGUCCUGAAGAUAUUCGGGACCAUGCCAGACCCUGAUUUCUCGGAGGCCCUUCUACUCGAGCAGUACCAAGCCCAAGUCAGCUCCGCAUUGACACCAGCUUUUGGUGCGGACUCAUCGCCUGAUCUCGCUUCAGCAGCAGUAGAUGUAUGCGCAACCUUCAUUGCUACCGGCCUCGUUACCGAUGUCGAUCGCAUGGGUAGGAUUCUGAAGCUUUUAGUGACAGCAUUGGAAAGCUUUACAGAUGAUGCUCAGGACUCUGCGAUUGGCGAAUUGCGUGGUCUCAGUCCCAAUGCGCAAAUUAUGGUCAGGAUGGCAGUGCUGUCUGCAUGGGCCGAGUUACAAGUUGCUAGUACUGAACAAGAGUACCUCGUGAAAGUAAUGCAGCCACAUGUGGCCAAGCUUACUCCGCUGUGGCUCUCAUCAUUGCAGGAAUUUGCGCGCUUGAGGUUUGAGCCAGACAUCUCUAAUUCCAUGGGGCCAGCCAGACCAGACGAGGGUCUUGAUGUGGUAUAUGCCGCGUUCAAUCGGCAGACAUUACUCAAGUUCUACCAAGACUCAUGGCUCAAGCUCGUCGACGCUAUUGCCAGUCUGAUUGAUCAGGACAGCGACUUUGUUUUCGACGCGCUGGAUGGCAAGUCAAGCACUCCUAAGACCAACGGCACUGUUACCACAAAACAUGACAUCGACUACCGCGACGAACCUGCUGCCUUCUUCUUCGUUCUUUUUGGUAUUGUGAUCGAGGCAUUAACCACUAGGCCUGGUAGCGGCUCAGAAUUGCAAACCCUAGAGGUUCUUUCGGCGCUCAAAAGGAUACUUCAACCAUCUGUCUCUGGCAAUGCGGUCUUCCAAGACGCUGUGUUUGCAGAGACUAUGGAGCUCUUCGAUCGAUUGGCCCUUACUGAAGGUCUCGAUGUCCAACUUGUCAUUGUCGAUGUUGCGAGAAACAUGUGUCUCACGCACCCAUCUGCGAGAGGGGAAGAUAACAACGGAGAGCAUCUAUCAGAUGAUAUCGAGCAGCUCUUUGAGCUGACAAGAAUCAUCGUUCUGGUCCUUGCAGGCGUCUUGCCAAAUCUUGGAGAGCGCAACCCUUCAAUCAGACCACAGCUCCCCGAUGAAGCAGUGUCGGUGAUCCAGAAGUCACUAGAAUCCCUGGUAGAUGCUUCUGAGAUAUUCCCCUCCAUCAUUAAAACCGACCUCCACGCCAGCAUCCUCCACAUCUUUGCCACUAUCCUCAGCACCGGUGCCUGCCAGGCUAAGGUGGUCCCCCAAGCCUUUCCGAUCUUCAAACGUUUCCUUCAAACUGUUGCAACCGCCUCUACAUUGGCAGCCAGCUCUGAUUUGAUCCGUGGCUGUCUCCAUCGAUUUCUCUCAAUUCUCUCGCACGCUCAGCGCCGCGAAUCAGAAACCUCGCUUCCAUGCGCCAAGAACACCCUUCUCGCCUGUACCAUACUUCUCACCAACGCGUCACGUUCUCUGGCCCCCAACGAUCCUCUCAUCACACGUACAUUAGAUGAAAUGCUCGGCUGCCUCCAGGAUCUCGGUCUCGCCAAGGUCGUUGCAAGUUGCCUUCGCUCUCUUAUAAUGGUCAGCCCCAAAAGCGAGACCGACGAGUCAAUCGCACGAUACCUCUUCCCACGUCUACUUCUCUUCACAGCAGACACAGAACUACCAGAUCCGGAGAACGCACGCUCACUCACCGCGCACGCUCUCACAUCUUUCGUUACGACUACUUCAGGCGACGCAUCCUCAGCUGCAAUGUGCAUCAUCAUCCCGAUGCUUCUGACCCGCGCCUCAGCUGAGGGCAAGGCUGUCUACCUCGAAACCUCGAAAAGACUGCUCGAACUAGCAGGUGGCAAUCUAACGCCUAUGUUCAGGGGUGUGGUGGCUAAGAUGAGCGCCGGACAAAGAACCUUUAUGGAGACCGUCAUUCGAGAAGGUGGGGGAGCAGGGAGAAGCACUGGCGGGAAUAGGGAGAGCGCUGCAGAGACGGAACCCAGCAUUGCGCUCAAGUUGAAUUUUGGAGGAAGAUGA